AUGUCAUUGGCAGUGGAUGAGACAGCAGGGGACCUCCCCGUGAGGGACGUGGGCUUGAGAGCAGGGCUGAUAACUGUUCUCACAGACACAGAUCAAGACACCAGAAACUGGAGAAGACCACCACAGGUGCUCAAAAUAAAGGAUCGCCAGAGAUUGUUCAGAAUACCACGCGAGCAGCUGGAGGACCAAUGUCUCCGUCUACAGGAGGAGAACACACUUCUCAAACAACACAGCCGCACACAAGAGCAAAAACUACGCAGGUUAUCAACAAGAUUGCUGCGAUUAAAGCAAGGCCCUCCAUCUGCAGGGAGGGAUGGAGAGCUGGAGGACACUAUUCAAGAGCUAGAGGCUCGUGUAGCGACUCUAGAGAGUCAGAAGGGGGCGCUGCAGAGCAAACUCAGUUUAGCCAAGCAACACAUCUUAGACCUGGGCGUCAGGACGCAUAAUAGGCCACGAACAGGGCGAGGUGUGGAUGGGGACGGAGGGGUCAGAAGAGCUGCCCAAACCGCUCCUGCCCGCUAUGGCAUCAGUUCACUGGAUGACACCAGAGGAGAGAUAGACAGAUUACUUGCAUUACUCAGCAGAUCUACCAUCAUAGAAAAUCAGCAAGGGAGAGUGGCAGAGCUGGAGCUGUCAGCCCAGUCUCUUAGAGAAUCGCUCAGAGACAAAGAGAAAGAAAUUGAAGGUAUUGUGAAAGACCUGCGCAAACAACAAGCCGAUGGACACAGACUCAUUAUAAAAGAUAAUGUAGAUGUGAUAAGACUGCAGAAGCAGCUUUCUGAAAAGAGCACCUCCCUUCUGGUCCUUCAGGAAAAGUUUGCUGCUCUUCAGGAGGCUUAUGAGAACCAGCUGGAGGAGGGCCAAAGGUCUUUAAAAGAGAGCCAAGGAGCACUGCUGGGGAAGGUGGAGGAGCUGAGUGAGCUGUUGAAACAGGAGAAGCAGAGAGUGCUGACACUUGAAGGCCAGCUCAAUGCUGCCACACUUUCACUGCAAGCUCUGGGGGAGCUUCAGGAGAGGGUUUCAGACCUGGAGGGGGAGAGGAACCUCCUGAAGAAUAGCUAUGAUUCACUUCUGGAGAGCACUAUGUCUGUUCAGAACCAUCAAGACGGACAACAUGAGAAAAAAGACAAAACAAAUGAACAAUUUAAAGAAGAGAGUUGGAGAGAGGAUGUACAGAGGCUUGAACAAAGACUGGAGGAAGAAAGGAAAGAAAAGAAAAUGCUGGAGCAGGUGAAGGAACAGAUGAGAAAAGAGAAUGACCAGAUUCAGAAGGAGAAGGAGCGAGAUAGAGAUAUGGUUAUGUUCCUCAGAGAAAAACAUGACUGCCUGGAGCGAGAAGUCCUGCAGCACAGGCAGGAAGUCACAUCUUUGCAAGAAAAACUGGACUCUGUUACAAAAGAGUUUGAUAUGAGUGUGGAAGAUCUGAGUGAGACUCUGCUGCAGAUUAAAGCCUUCAGAAUGCAGCGGGAGACUCAAGGAAUGAUGUGCUUCUUGAAAACAGAUGAAAAGAUAGAGGAAACAUCAAGGGAUUUGACUGCAGUGCAGGCCUCAUAUGCAGAAACUGUUUUGGAACUCCAGAAAACAAGGGAUUUAUUAUUACUGCAACAUCGACUAAAUGCUGACCUUCAGAACGAGAUGAAGACAGUUAUGGAAAAAUUUGAAAGAGAGAGGGAGGAGAAUAGAAGGAGGGCAGGUGAAAAAGACAAACUGUUGAAAAGCAGAAGCCUUCAAAUCAGCAAUUUACAAGCUCAACUCAAAGAGAUAGCGUACAGCCCUAGAAACUAUAAGCAGACAAUACCGCUGCAGUACACCUGGACAGGGCUGGAACAAGAAUCAGUCAAGCCUGCUGCAGAGGGCGCCAUAAUCACACAGCUGCGUGGAGGACAGUCUCUUCUGGAGAUCCAUCUAGCAGGAGCCACCUUUACACCUCUGGGAUUGAGACUCAUGGGACAAGGCACAGGAGAUCACCAAGGGGUUGCAACAUUUUGCACCUAUGGGUUCCUUGACUUUGAAACCCUCUCAACUUCAUUAAUAUCAGGUGGACAGCCAAAUUAUGGCUUCACGUCGCAUUACGCCCUCUCUGAGUUCGACCUGGAGAAGCUCAGGUUUCAGGGUGGGUCCAUCACUGUUGAACUGCACCAGGCGCUUGGAGGGGUACAAUUUAUGACCCGUGGAAGAGCGAGGAUUUCUCUGAUGGGAGCUGUACAGCACAGGGGUGAACGAAUGAAAAACAGAACCAACAUCACAGGAGUUGAUGGGGAAGUUAUAGGAAUCCUUGAAUUUUGGGUGUGUUUACACCUUCAGGUGGAACUCACAGAACCUCAAAUGGAAAGAGUCACAAGUAGAACAGCUGUAAGACACACCAGAGGUUCAGAAUGGGCUCAUGGAGAACCAGAGGAAAUAUAUGAUUAUGGCGUAGGGAUACCCAAUGAGCUUGAGGUGAUACUGGAGCGCUGUGUGGGCCUCAGUACCCGCUGGCCAGGACUACUCCCUGAUGCAUACUUAACAUAUCGCCUUUAUGACCUACCACCUCAUUCUACACCCAUAAUUCAGUGCUGUGUGGAUCCUGUCUUUAAAGACUCAGCGAGCUAUCCAUUAGCUGUAACCACAGAUUUAUUAGAAUACCUGAAUGUGGGCAGCCUGUGGGUGUAUGUGUUUGAUGACAGCGAACGUCAGACUCCUCCCACAUAUUUGGCAAAGACACCAAUCCCACUACGAGCCCUUGCGGCAGGCAGACCAAUCAGAGGUGAUUAUGUGCUUAGAGACCCUGCUGGCAGUCCAAGAGGAAUGGUGAGGGCCACUCUCAGGUGGAAGUACCCUUUCCAGUCACCUGAGGCACCCUUAAGACAAAGAGAAGGAGUAGAGAAAGAGAGAAUGGUGCCCAGUGCUGAGGUUUCACAGAGACCCAUUGCAAAGCCCAGGUCUCAGCUUCGGCCUCCACCAGACCAUGGAGCCAAGACCACUGACACUCACCCAUCCACAACCAUGAGAAGCCCUCAAAGAAGUUCAAUCACACCCCUUCCAUCACCAUCCAUUCAGGUCACUGAACCCACGUCUUAUCAUCAGAAACCUCCAUCUAAUUUGACUCAACCUUCAAGGUCAGGUAGACGGAAGCAACACCGCACUGCAGUGUUGCACGUUCAGGACAAACUGAAACCUUCAAUGUCCCCUUACCUGAGUCCUGCCAUGUCUAUUAAGUCGCAUGGAUCCAAUCAAGUUAUGAACUUCAGACCAUCGGCUUCGGUGCCGAGCACCCCUCGCAGUCAAAAGAGCUAUCGAAGUGACUCGACACAGCAAAUUAAAAUGGAGGAGGAACAGGAAUAUGAAGAUCAGGAAGAUGAAACUGAACACAGAACUCAAAGUGACAUAGAUGCCCUUCAGUCUGAUGAAUCAAGAGAUUCAAACGGAAGUGAUGUCAUCAUAAUUCCUCACCCACCAAAACCACAUAAAAAGGGAGACAGACUCAGAGUGGAAAUCCUGUCACUUUCUUUUAACCCUUCUUCCAGUGUUGCACUUGACCAAUCAGUACAUCAGGUAUAUGUAGAGUACCGCCUUCUAGGUAUUCCCAUGGAGACAACAGAAACGCCCAUGUCCCUGCGUAAACCAACAGACGGGGAGGAAAUACACUAUAACUUUACACGAGUUAUCCAUGUGGAUAGCAUGGAAGCAGCUCCUCUGAGACAUUACCUCUACACCAUGCUGGAAGGUACAGACCCCAACCAGGGCAGGUUAAAGUUCACAGUAGUCAGUGAGCCCAUGAACGAGCAAGAAGAAUGUGAAGAUGUCGGCCAUGCCUACUUGGAUUUACGAGAACUUCUGCUGACUGGAAAUGAUUUUAUUGAAGAAAAAAUCAAUGUUGUCAGUGCAGAUGAAGAGCAGGAUGUGGUGGGAAAACUGAAAGUAUCUGUAGAGGCUGCACAGGCUCUGACUGGAAUCUAUCAGGAAUAUCAUCAGAUUGUGAAAAGGGAGAGAGGAGAACCCCGAAACAGCACAGAUAAUGAGGAGGAGGAGGAGGAGGAAGAAGAAGAAAGAGGGAUACAAAAAAACAACGAGUUGCAUGUGCUUGAUUUUGAAGUUGAUGAAGACAGUGAUUUUUACUAAAAAUCUACAGCCUGAAGUUAUGCUCAAAACAGGCCAGUAUUUUAAGAAACAUUCCUUCUUCUUUUUUUAACUCUACAUCAAAAUUUCGCUCUUGCGACAUUAUAACCUCAUUCUUAACUUAUCAAAACCUUUGACAUUGUCUUGUAAAAAUAAUACAAAACAUGGAAGUGGUUUCAGUUGCAAUAUGUUUUAAUAUAAAAUAUAUUUUGUCUCUUAACCACAGUCAGUAGAACAACAAAAAAUGCAGAAGGAAAUGAUUGUACAGCCACAAUGAUUUAAUAAAAACAUGAUCCUGUUUUGGUAGUGCAGGAUAAAAGUCACUAGAGAGCAAGUGACUGGCACAAAUAUUGAAAUAUUAUUCCAUUCUGCUGUACUGUAAGCAGUGGAAUGGUGAUUAAUUUUGAAGUUUGGAGCAGAUGUUGGAACAAAUGUUUAUUUUUUUUUUCAUUAAAAAAAAAAAAAAAAAGAAAACAGUGAGAAUUAGAUAUAUGCUUGUUGAAUUGAUAUUGUUUAUUUGAAAUCCUGUGGAUUGUGUUCCAGCUGUUUCACUUGUGAAUCAUCUUGAAUAAUAAACAACUCUGGUUGUUUUGGUUUU